GUUCAAAAAUCACUCGUAGCUGAAGAAUUGUGUAGGGCUGCGAAGAUGAUAUCUAUUUUUACCCCACGAGACCGGCGACCAGACCCAUGCUGACAAAUGGAGCCACUUACGUAGCUAGAUGCAGGACGGGAGAGGAUACCCCUAUCAGUUGGCUCGGAACGCACGUACAGACAGGGAUCCCCGCUCGUAGAUCCCUCAAGUAGAGGUUAGGUACUAGCAAACCGCUUCCUCUCUAAUUAGGAUGCAAAUCAUCGUGCUUAUGAAAGCUUGGUAAGAAUAUAGAAUCGUUGGUCAGUUUACCUAUAACCAGCUGAGCACCUACCUGAGCUAGCUAGCUGUAAGGAGGAGAUAUAAUAAGUCGGGAGCUUCACAAUUCUUCCCUACUCCCGCUGGACAUCGUGAGAACCUCGCUUCCCCUCACCAACCGGAUCAUCGGGUAGCUACCGCAAAAUCUCAUCACCAUGGCAUCUUCCGGCUUCAUAACGACCCCCGACGGGAUCCGCCUCUCGUACACACAAACCGGCCCCGUCUCCGCCCCUAACCUAGUCUUCAUAGCGGGUUGGGUGCAAACCGCCUCGAUCUUCCACAAGCAAGUCUCUCACUUCUCCUCAUCCUACCGCGUAACAACCUACGACCACCGGGGCCACGGAAACUCCGACAAGCCUAAUUUCGGAUAUCGCGUGUACCGUCUAGCCGCGGACUUGGAGUCCCUGCUCACGCAACUAGACAUUCAGGAUGCGGUAUUAGUGGGGCACUCGAUGGGGUCCUCGGUGCUAUGGGCGCAUUGGGAUAUCUAUUCACAUGAGAGGGUGAAGAAAUUGGUUUUCAUUGAUGAGGCGAGGACGAUUACGAUGAACCCGAAUUGGACCCCGGAGCAGACCGCGGAAGCAGGCGCGGUAAUGCCACCGCAAGCCAAGUUUGACUUGUUAGAGCCGUUACGGGGACCGCAUUGGAAGGAGGCUUGGACAGCAUUCUCCCGGGGUUUCUUCUCCGACGACAUCAACCCAGAAGAACUUAAAUUCGCCCUAGACGAAUCAAUGAAGUCCCCGCCUUCAGUAGCAGCAGCCAUGAUGAACGACCACGCAUCAAUCGACUGGGAAGACAUAUUCCCACGUAUCACAGCCCCAACGCUCGUCAUCGGCGCCAAGGCGAGUCGCUUCCCCGUUGAGUCGAUACAGUGGAUCGCGAAGCAGAUUCCCAACUCGCGACUCGAGAUCUUUGAGAAGGAAGAAGGAGGUAGCCACUUUAUGUUCUUCGAGAACCCAGAAAAGUUCAACCGGAUACUAGAUGAAUUCUUGUCUAGUUGAGAAAAGUGGGAGAGCAUUGGUUAGCUAGUCGAGGUGGAUGCUAGAAGCUUUGGAUUCCGAAUCAAUAUACGAGUCGCCAACUAGAUAUCUAAUAUUCAUAGAGAAGUUAUUUACCUUUAGGACAAAUAGGUUCAUGUCAUAAUUAUACAAAGGUGAAAGGACA